AUGGCUUGGGGGAAGAAGCUGUUGCACAGUCUGGCCGUGAGCCCCGAAUACUUUGUUCUUGCGAUCCGAAAUGGUGCAAUUUCCGAACCAGGCAGUGAUGCAGCUGCUCAGGAUGUUUUCGGUAGUCCCUCUGUAGAAUGUGGUGAGGAUGGGGGGUGGGAGAUGGGCCUUUCUCAACCUUCACAGAAAGUAGAGACGCUGCUGGGCUUUCUUGGCUACGGAGUUGGUGUUGAGGGACCAGGCCAGCAUUGCACCUGUGUCCCAGCACCAAGUAACGGCAGUGACCUGUCAGCACUACUGAACCAUUCUGUCUUGUCUGUCUCUGCCCAGACCGGAACCUUCCGAAUGGUGUCAGAGGAGGAGCAGGCCCUCAGAUCCAAGCUGGAGAGGCUCACGGUGAAGGACCACGGACCCGUGUUUGGGCCCUGUGCCAAGUUGCCUGAGCACACAGUGCAGAAGGCAAAGGACGAGCUCAAUGAGACAGAGGAGAAGCGAGUGUCUGGUGUGAAGGAGCUGCGCGCCAUCAUUAAGGAGAAGGCUGGCGAGGACGAAGUGACUAAGGGUGUCCUGGAUCGCUUCGGGGACAAGCCUGAUUCACUGCUGCUUAGGUUCGUCCGUGCACGGAAAUACGACAUCCGCCGUGCCUAUGACCUCAUGAAGGGCUACGUGCGCUUCCGGCAGCAGUACCCUGAGCUCUUUGAGAACCUAACCCCAGAGGCUGUGCGUAGCACAAUUGAGGCUGGAUACCCCGGUGUCCUGCACACAAGGGACAAGUAUGGUCGUGUGGUCCUGCUCUUCAACAUCGAGAACUGGGACUAUGAGGAAAUCACAUUUGAUGAGAUUCUGCGUGCCUACUGUGUCAUCCUGGAAAAGCUCCUGGAAAAUGAGGAGACGCAGAUCAACGGCUUCUGCCUUGUCGAAAACUUCAAGGGUUUCACCAUGCAGCAGGCUUCCGGUAUCAAGACCACCGACCUCAAAAAGAUGGUGGACAUGUUGCAGGACUCAUUCCCUGCUCGCUUCAAGUCUGUGCACUUCAUCCAUCAGCCUUGGUAUUUCACCACAACGUAUAACGGUGCCAAACCACUCAUGAAAAGCAAGCUGCUGGACAGGAUCCACAUUCAUGGUGAUGAGCUGGAAAACUAUUUCAAGGAGCUCGAUGCUGACAUCUUGCCUUUGGAGUUUGAUGGAAAGGCACUCAGCUACGAUGGCAAAGCCACAGCAACAUUGCUUUUUGGGUCUGAAGACACCGCACUCUAG